UGUGUGUGUAACUACCCUUCAACCUUUAAUUUUCUCGUUCUGUCCGCCACCGUUCACCUAAUUUUUCUUUCACGUUUUCCCUUUCAUUUUCUCGGAAAAUUAUUUUCAAACAUUCUUUGGCUGUCUCAAAAAAAAAAUAAAUAAAUAAAUGAAGAUCUCACCCUUUUGCUUGUUUCUCUAGAAACUCAAAAAAGGAAAGAAAAAAAGGAAAAUAUAAAAAGCGGAAUAAGAGCAGCAAUGUUCUCGAUUGGGUCAUUUCGGCGGCCACUACUACGAUUUACGGUUCUCCGAUUACAUUCAACUUCUUCUUCGUUUUCUUCUUCUUCUUGUUCUGCUGCUGCAAUUCAUGCUGAGCGAACCAUUCGAGAAGGUUCCAGAAACGAUUGGACUCGCGACGAGAUCAAGUCUGUCUAUGUCUCCCCUGUUCUCGAUCUCCUUUUCCACGGAGCUCAAGUUCACAGACAUGCUCACAACUUCAGGGAAGUGCAGCAGUGUACUCUCCUCUCUAUCAAGACAGGUGGGUGUAGUGAGGAUUGCUCAUAUUGUCCUCAAUCCUCCAGGUAUAACACCGGAUUAAAAGCCCAAAGGCUUAUGACCAAGGAUGCAGUGUUGCAGGCAGCUAAAAGGGCAAAGGAUGCUGGUAGUACACGUUUUUGCAUGGGUGCAGCAUGGAGAGAUACAGUAGGAAGAAAAACCAACUUCAAUCAGAUACUUGAAUAUGUAAAAGAAAUUAGGGAUAUGGGGAUGGAGGUAUGCUGCACUUUGGGCAUGCUAGAGAAACAGCAAGCUAUAGAACUAAAGAAGGCAGGCCUCACAGCAUAUAACCACAAUCUUGACACCUCGAGGGAAUAUUACCCAAACGUCAUUACAACGAGGAGUUAUGAUGAACGCCUGGAAACCCUCCAGUUUGUCCGGGAUGCUGGGAUUAAUGUCUGUUGUGGAGGAAUAAUAGGGCUUGGAGAAGCAGAGGAGGACCGGGUUGGCUUAUUGCAUACAUUGGCAACACUCCCCACUCACCCAGAGAGCGUUCCCAUCAAUGCACUGGUUGCAGUGAAAGGCACACCUCUCCAAGAUCAUAAGCCAGUUGAAAUAUGGGAGAUGAUUCGGAUGAUUGCUACAGCACGCAUAGUCAUGCCAAAAGCAAUGGUAAGGUUAUCAGCGGGAAGAGUUCGGUUCUCCAUGCCUGAGCAAGCACUGUGCUUUCUUGCUGGGGCAAAUUCAAUAUUCACUGGUGAGAAGCUGUUGACCACGCCUAACAAUGACUUUGAUGCUGAUCAACACAUGUUCAAGGUUCUUGGUCUGAUUGCAAAAGCUCCUAGUUUCGAGGAUGGUUUGGCCAGCAUUGAUGAUUCAGAGGCUUGUCAGGAAGCUAUUUCUGGUUCAGGUUGAAUUUUCUGUAACGAAGGAAGAUCAAGCUUUUAGCUUUCUUAGCUGAUUCAUUUCUCUGUUAUUUGUACUAUUCAAUUAAUCGUCCUUUGUACUAAGACAUUAAGCAUGGACCUUGUAGCUA